AUGUCGAAGAACACAGUACCGGCCUGGACAGCAACCACACCGGGCUACCCAGGGACCUUACAGCUCUCUGAACAUCAUGUCCCUUCCACUCCCAGCAAAGGCCAUGUUCUUGUUGAGAUACAUGCCGCGGCCCUGAACCCAGUGGACAUCCAGAUCAUGAACCUGCCCAUAAACAGCCUACCGGGCUUGCGGGGCCCCAAGGUCGUGGGCAGGGAGUUCUCGGGCAUAGUCAUUGCAGCCGCUCCUGGAGUACCCUUCCAGAAGGGUGACAAAGUCAUGGGCAUCGACCUCAACGCUUUCGCGUCCGGGUUUCUGACGACGAUCGCUCACAUCGAUACCCGCAAGACUUGCAUCAUUCCCAAACCCCAACAUAUGACAUGGAUCCAAGCUGCCUGCCUGCCGCUGGCCUGGCUGACUGCAAGAUCGAUGAUCGAGAAAUGUGCUCCAUUCAUGAAAUCAAGCACGCCUUCGCACAACAAGCUUGUCGUCCUCGGAGGCAGCUCAGCAUCCGGCAUUUACACUAUCAAGAUAGCCGCACAGCGCGGCUGGACCGUACUGUCUUCCUGCUCAGGUCGAAACGCAGAUUUCGUCAAGUCCCUCGGCGCCGCUCAAAUCGUCGACUACACCUCCGCCGCCGACGCCGUCGCCACAGCAGUAGCAGCCUUCCAGCCCGACGCAAUCGUCGACUGUGUGGGCGGCACCGCAUGCGUUGGUCUCGCGCCCCAAUACGUCACGAUCGUGGGCGACAAGACCAGCCGCGCCACCCUCGGCGGCAGUCUGGGCUACAUGACGAAUCCGCGCAUGGUGCUUCGAUGGCUGCUCGGCUACCUUGGCUUAGGCAAGAGCUACCAGGCCAUCUCGCUGGAGGUGAGGCCCGAUUGGCUGCAGGAGGCUGCCAAGCUGGAGGGCGAGGAUCAGAUUGUCGUUGACAGUGUCUUCGCUUUCGAUCGCGUGGAUGAAGGGUUCAAGAAGCUGGAUACGGGAAGGGCGAGGGGGAAGGUUGUGAUUGAAGUGGUUCCGCAGGCCGAAGAAUCCAAAUUGUAA